GAUUUGGGAUUUUUCUCUCUUUUUGUUGGUUUUUUAUUAUUUUGCGUCUGCAAUACCAAUCGCUUUGGUCGAUUUAUCUUUAUCCCCGCUCAAAGCUCUCAUCAGAAUCUGCGAAGACACCAAAAUUAUCAACAAGUUCGAGCCGAACAGACUUUAUGUCUCUUUAGUCUUAAGCGACAAUUGUCUUUGUGGGUUUCUCUUUUUCGGCGACCCGUCGCUACAGGCAAAGUUGUCAUUUCGAGCAUCGUACCAAGUGUAAGAUACAGUUGCUGGUAGUCAGCAAAAGUGAAGCUAAGGGGGAGUUAAAACUGUGAUGCUGAAUGUUUGGACCAACAGGUGGGUUGGGGAUGAAUCCCUCAAUGGAUGAUAUGAACUUAAUCCAGCAAGCACAAAGGCAUCAGCUUGUUGUAAGUAAUCUUGGGGAAGAGAUUGAUUUGGAAAUUGGACCUGGAGAGGAUGAUGCUGCUUUUGCUAACAAUUCAUUGAUUGGCGGGCCUCCACGGGAGCCCUCCACUGGGGAACAUGAUGAAACAAAGCAUAUGGUUUUGGUAUCUGACCUUCCCAGUGAGGAUCAGGAUAUUUCAAAGGGUACACCGGCGAAGAGAAAGAAAAAAGUUGUCAAACGGUGGAGAGAGGAAUGGGCUGACACGUACAAGUGGGCUUAUGUUGAUAUGAAGGAUGGUACAGCUAGGAUAUUCUGCUCUAUUUGCAGAGAAUAUGGUAGAAAACAUCGAAGAAAUCCUUACGGAAAUGAAGGAAGUAGAAACAUGCAGAUGAGUGCUUUAGAGGAACACAACAAUAGUUUGCUACACAAAGAGGCUCUGCGUCUCCAAACGGCUUCCAAAGAUAAGAUUGUUGUUGACAAGCCCAUUUAUGUGAAGACUGUCAUGUCAAAGAGUGCUGGUUCAAUUGUUGAGGGUGCCCUGAAACGAGAUCCUAAUGAAAUUGAGUUUGUUCAAUCUGUACAAGAAUCUGUGCAUGCUCUAGAGCGGGUGAUUGCAAAAAAUUCUCAUUAUGUCAAUAUCAUGGAGCGGCUACUAGAACCUGAACGUAUGAUAGUCUUUCGAGUUCCAUGGAUUGAUGACCGUGGUGAAACACAUGUAAACCGUGGCUUUAGAGUUCAGUUCAACCAAGCUCUGGGUCCAUGUAGGGGAGGUAUCCGAUUUCACCCAUCCAUGAACUUAAGCAUUGCCAAAUUUCUUGGCUUUCAGCAGACGUUGAAGAAUGCUCUGUCACCAUAUAAACUGGGAGGGGCUUCUGGUGGAAGCGACUUUGAUCCUAAAGGAAAAAGUGACAAUGAGAUUAUGAGAUUUUGCCAAAGUUUCAUGAAUGAGAUGUACAGAUAUAUGGGUCCUGACAAAGAUCUUCCGUCAGAGGAGGUUGGUGUUGGUACUCGGGAAAUGGGAUAUCUUUUUGGACAAUAUAGACGACUUGCUGGUCAGUUUCAGGGAAGUUUUACAGGACCGCGGAUAUAUUGGGCUGCUUCUAGCCUCAGAACUGAAGCUAGUGGCUAUGGCGUGGUGUACUUUGCACGACUUAUACUUGCAGAUAUGAAUAAGGAAAUAAAGGGACUAAGAUGUGUCGUGAGUGGUUGCGGGAAGAUUGCGAUGCAUGUUGUAGAGAAGCUAAUUGCUUGUGGAGCCCAUCCGGUUACUGUUUCAGAUUCAAAAGGAUAUUUGGUGGACGAUGAUGGAUUUGAUUAUAUGAAACUUGCAUUCUUGAGAGAUAUAAAAUCUCAACAGAGAAGUCUGAGAGACUAUUCCAAGACCUAUGCAAGGGCGAAAUACUUUGAUGAAUUAAAGCCUUGGAAUGAAAGGUGUGAUGUGGCAUUUCCUUGUGCUUCUCAGAAUGAAGUUGAUCAAGCGGAUGCCAUUAAUCUGGUCAAUGCAGGAUGCCGUUUACUGGUAGAAGGUUCAAACAUGCCGUGUACAGCUGAAGCAGUCGAUGUUUUCAGAAAGGCGAAUGUUCUGAUUGCUCCUGCCAUUGCUGCUGGAGCUGGAGGAGCAUUGGAGAGGAAUUCUCUGCUGCUGUCAUAAAAGAAUGUGUAGGAGUGUGGUUUUACUGAGAGUCCAAUAGAGCUGUAUCAGUUUGUUUUUGAUUGUAUUAUGCGGGGUAUGAACCCAAAACACAAAAAAGUUUCUUAGAUUGUAUAAAAAAUGGUAGCUAAAUUGUAUAACUUUGUUGAAGGUUGCUGCUGGUGAAAUCGAAGUACUCCGUGAAUCUAAUUCAAUGCAAUGGUCAGCAGAAGAUUUUGAGUCUAGAUUACAGGAAGCACUGAAGCAGACUUAUGAAAAAGCUCUUAAAGCAGCAAAUGAUUUCGGUUAUCAAAAAGAAAGUCCUGAGGCACUACUUCAUGGAGCAACGAUUGCAGCAUUUUUGAACAUAGCUCAAGCCAUGACGGACCAAGGUUGUGUCUAGCAAAAUGGCCCUGCAUCUUAAGUACCGGCAGGAGUUCUGUAAACGUAAUGAAGUAACAUUGGACUCUCUGUAACAUAUUAGAUGGAAAUCUAUAUCAUUAUUUAGAAAUUACAUACUCUGAUAGGAAUAAACCUUUUUCAGCCAUAGUAUGUUAACUUAAGUUAUGUGACUAACAAAGAUGGAAGAAACUGAUAACGCAGAGCUUAAACAAGGUUGCAAGGGUCCAAAUUUUAAC